AUGUAUUUCCCGCCGUUUGGGGGAAUGGGCCAGCCCCUCGGCUCGUUCGAGCAGAGCUUUCACGUGUACCCCGUCUCCUUCAUAGAUAAGGCUCAUUUGGAGAAUGGAGAUAAAGUCAUCAUGCCGCCCUCUGCCCUCGACAGGCUAGCAUCACUCCACAUAGAUUACCCCAUGCUGUUCGAGGUGCACAACGCAGCGGCCAACCGCACGUCACACUGUGGCGUGUUGGAGUUUAUCGCAGAAGAGGGUUAUGUGUACAUGCCGUAUUGGAUGAUGCAGAAUCUGCUGCUCCAGGAGGGGGACAUAGUGCGGUUCCGAAAUGCCACCCUCCCCAAGGGAACCUACGUGAAGCUGCAGCCACACACCAAGGACUUUCUCGAUAUCUCCAACCCCAAGGCCGUGCUCGAGAUGACUCUGCGAAGCUUCUCCUGCUUGACGAAGGGGGAGAGCAUCAUGGUGGCAUACAACAACAAGCGCUACUUCAUAGACGUGGUGGAUGCGCGCCCAGCUGCAGCCAUCUCCAUUAUCGAGACGGAUUGUGAAGUGGACUUUGCGCCGCCCCUCGAUUAUGUGGAGCCGGAACGAGUGCCUACACCCGUUAAAGCACCUGCUGCUGCUGCUGCUGCUGCCGGCGGCUCUGAAGCUGGAGGGAAGAAGGGCGCUGGGAAGGACGGAAAAGCAGAAGCAGCCCCCCCACCCGAGGAGCCCGCCUUCACGCCAUUCGUCGGCACCGGCAGGCGAUUGGACGGCCGCCCAGCAGCCUCCCCCUCCUCCCCUGCCACGUCAGCAGCUGCCACGUCAGCAGCAUCCAGGGAGGGCGUAUCUGGGGCAGGCGGGGCCAGUGGGGCUCGUAGCAGUGGUGGUGGCGCUGGGAGUAGUAGUGCGGGUGGUGCUGCUGGUGCUGCCGGUGCAGCGAGUGGGGGAAGGAAGGAGGGUCGGCUGGUGUUUGGGUCGGGAGACGGAGCACCACGAGCGGGUCCCAAGGGCAAGGCUGUGCUGAUAGUGGGUGGUUCGAGCGGCAUAGGGCUGUGCAUGGGAGAACUGGUUGUGCUUUCCUUCGCUUGUGGCACUCCCUCACUGCUGCGCCUUCCACGUGCCUACCCUAUUCCGUCCCACACCCCACAGGGAAAGACCGUGCUGAUAGUGGGUGGUUCGAGCGGCAUUGGGGGCAAGGCUGUGCUGAUAGUGGGUGGUUCGAGCAGCAUAGGGCUGUGCAUGGGGGAACUGGCACUGCCUUCCUUCGCUUGUGGCGCUCCCUCUCUGCUGCGCCUUCCACGUGCCUACCCCAUUCCGUCCCACACCCCACAGGGCAAGGCCGUGCUGAUAGUGGGUGGUGGGUGGGUUGAGCGGCAUUGGGCUGGCAAGGCCGUGCUGAUAGUGGGUGGUUCGAGCGGUAUAGGGCUGUGCAUGGGGGAGUUGGCAGUGCGGCAGGGGGCGAGGGUGGCGAUUGUUGCGCGCAACAAGGAGAGACUGGCCUCAGCACACAAGCAGCUAGAAGCCUUGCUUCCACCUGAUACGCCCUCAUCCGAUUUCCUCUUGUCUGUGGCGGCCGAUGCGGCGAAUCCGGACGAUGCAAAGAGAGCCGUUGAUCAGGUGGUGGCCGCGUUUGGACGGCUGGAUGUGGUGAUUUGCUGCCAGGGGCAGAGCACCCCGCAUCAAUUUGAGUUUGAUACUGUGGAGAACCAGCAACAGCUCAUGAAUGUCAACUACUGGGCGUCGGUGUAUGUGAUCCGAGCAGCCCUGCCAGCAGUGAAGAGGGCUGGCAAGGAGGGACGGAUAAUGCUGGUGUCGUCACAAGCAGGGCAGGUGGGUAUCUAUAGCUACACAGCCUACUCGGCCGCGAAAUUCGCUUUAAGAGGGCUGGCAGAGGCGCUGCAGAUGGAGCUGGAGCACGUGGGGACGCGGGUGGUGAUGCUGUUCCCUCCUGACACUGACACACCUCAAUUGCAGCAAGAGAACGAGACCAAGCCAGCGGUCACCAAGGCAAUCACAGCAGGCAACAAGCCCUUCCCUCCCAUGGCGGUCGCGAGAGCUGCGAUCUCAGCCGUCGAACGGGGAGAUUUCCUCGCUCCUGUCGGAUUCGACGGCUGGAUGCUCAGCAUCGCCACUGCAGCAUCGCCACCGCAGGUGAGUGAGUCAGCUGCUGCUGCUCUUGUGGCGUAUUUCUGCCCUUCAGGAAUAUCUCUCUGCUUCUGCUCCCCAUCACCCCCGCUACCCUCCACAUACCAUCCCCGCCCUUUCCUCUCCAUCCCCAUCUUUUCUUUCGCCGCGGCUAUUCCGCAACCGGCGCCGCCAGAAGCGGAGAAGAAGCAGCCAAUCAGCGACCUCGUGUGGCCCGCCGUCGGAGCGUUCGUGUCCUUUGCAGGGUUCGCGUUAGCAGACCACCUGUUACAGUCACACGGCCUUACAGUCUCCCUUGGAUCCUUCGGUGCUGUCUGCUGCCUCCUCUUCGCCGCGCCGCAAGCAGCCGUCUCCCAGCGCAAGACCAUCCUGAUAGCCCACGUGGGAACGGCGCUCAUAGGAGUGGCGCUCUUCUGCCUGCUGGGGCCGUCUUGGCUCGCCAAGGCCACAGCAGUUGCUGCCUCUAUUGCGUUCAUGCAAUUCACCAACUCCGUCCACCCCCCUGCUGCCGGCCUCCCGCUUAUUUUCCUCGACGCCCCCAAGUUUCAUCGCCUCAAAUGGUGGUACCCACUCUUUCCAGGCCUUGUGGGCUGCCUCUGGCUUUUCCUUGUG